GUUGUCAAUAAAGUUUACAUUUGAAUUGCCUACCUCUGCAACAACAAUGGCGGCGGGUCAAAUUGGCCACGGUGUUCCUCCUUCACUGUCUGCCAAAGUGACUGGGUCGUUUGCUUAUUUGACUAUAAGAGACAGAAUGCCAACCAUUUUGACUAAAGCUAUAGACACAAUACAUCGUAACAAAAACAAGUUUUUUGAGGAAUAUGGAGAGGAGGGGAUCAGUGCAGAGAAACAAGCAAUAUCUCUACUGUCUAAGCUGAGGAAUGAGGUACAAACCGAUAAGCCACUACUGGAAUUGAUGGACGGCUUGUCAGACACAGAGUCCUGGAACCAGUACAUGCAGAGACAGCAGAGCCAGCUGGGUGACCAGGAGCUUGUUAGCUGGUUCAAGUCACCCUGGUUGUAUGUGGAGUGCUACAUGUACAGGAGGAUACAAGAGGCAAUCUGGCUUAAUCCUCCAAUAAACAACUUUGACGUCUUUAACGAGGGAAAGACCCAAAGUUUUUUUGAGUCUCAGCAGGCUGUGAUGGCUUUGUGUACUUACCUGGGAGACAUUCAGAAGAGCAUGGAGAAGCUGUCAGAGAACCAGAUGUCUGAAUAUUUCAACAAACUGCUCCAGGUUUCUCUUUGGGGGAACAAAUGUGAUCUUUCCAUCUCUGCUGGUCAAGAGAACUCCCAGAAGGCUAGUCCAAUAGAUUCCCUCAACAGCUUACAGUCUUUCAUCUUGGUGAAUGAUUCCAACAUGGUGUGGUUGACUCUUAAUUCGUCAAGAAGGCUGCAGGGGUCAAGGAAAAAAACUGCAGACAGAGUUGACAUUGUGCUUGACAAUGCUGGCUUUGAGCUGGUCACUGACUUAGUCUUAGCAGAUUUUCUGGUGUCUUCAGGCCUCGCGCGUCACAUUCAUUUUCACGGCAAAUGCUUCCCGUGGUUUGUCUCUGAUGUCACGGCUAACGACUUUCAGUGGACCAUCCGCCAGACUAUGGCAGCCAAUCAUAAGUGGAUGAGUAAGAGUGGCUACCAGUGGCAGAGCUAUCUCAGUGAGGGUAUUUGGAGCUAUCACGACCAUCCUUUCUGGACUCAGCCCCACGAGUUCUGCGACAUGGCAGCUGAUGCACCCGACCUGUACGCAACCCUGCAGGAAGCAGACCUGAUGCUGUUUAAAGGCGAUCUCAACUACAGGAAGCUGACUGGGGACAGGGACUGGGGCCACACGGUGGAUUUCUGUACUGCACUGAGAGGUUUUGAGCCUGCACCACUAUGCAGUUUGAGAACCCUCAAAGCCAAUGUGCAGGUCGGUCUGCAGCCGGGACAAGGGGAGAAGCUGAGCACCCAAGACCCAUCAUGGAUGACCAAUGGGAAGUACGCUGUUAUUCAAUUCCAUGGCCCCAAGUUGGAGUAGUAAGCCUGACCUCAGGAUUAGCCUGGGAGGACUGGACUUUAUCAGAUUUUACUGUAAGAGAGCAUCAAAAUUAGGUGCUGCCAUUAAGCCAUAACAAAACAAAGUUAUCAAAGUUUCUUUUUAAGAACUUCAAACUUGUUCACAGAAUGCACAAAAACAGACUGAAUAUAUAUCAAUGCCAUCUAAUAUUUAAAAUGUCAUAAUUUUUAAGCAAAUUACUUAUAAGUUGAACUACAUCUGCCAAUGGUUGUACAUUUGUCUACAUUGCUAAUAUCUCACGUUUGGUUUACAUUGCAGAUAACUUGUGUAUCAAACACUUCGAAUUAAGUCAGAAUGUUUACAGUUUAUGCAGAAUAGAAUAGAAAAGCUAAAAGUAUAUUUUGGGUUUGUUAAAUCUAACCUAAAGCUGCAACAUUGGUGGUAUUAAAAUGGUUAUUUGUGAUUUUUCUUUUUAAUUCAUCACAAAUUGCAAAACAAGAAAAUCAUUUAACUGAUCUAGCACUGUGGAAGGUCAGUUUCUUCAGUUGAAUAAAUGUUGAUGGUAAUAAAAGUGGGUAAAUAUGGUGAUGUAGGAGUGAUAUGACUUUAAUGUGCUGCUUCUGUUUUGGAGGAAAAAACGAAACCUCUUUACUAAUUAAAUGGGUUCCUGGAACAAAGUGAUUAUUUUCAGGUCUUAUUUAAUAAAUUAAUGCAAGAGAUAUUUUCUCUGUGUUCCUUUACUGAGAACAUAAAUGAAACGUUGAGAUCAUUAAAACUUUUUCCCCCAGAUGUUAAAAUGUUGACUGGAAUAAUGGUGAAUAAAACCAGCAAAAUUUAAUUAGAAUCCUAAUAAGUCUAUGAUUUUUCACUAACUUCUUUCUUUUUAUGUCAUUCAAAUGUAUAGGGCCAUCAAAUAUAACCCGAGUAAUUACAAAUGGCAUUUUUGAAAUUACUUUAUUUAUUAAAGAAAAAAUAAACUCAACAGUCUGGCCCCUUGUGAAAAAGUAAUUACCACCUUAACCUUAUAAAUAUUUGCAAUAACUGGUCAUGAAACUUUUACAAGAGGAAUUUUGGUCCAAUCUUGGUAUUUUUUUUCCCAGCAUAAUUGGCAUGUUACACGCUACAGCAUCUCAAUUGAAUUGAGAUUCAGACUUUUACUAGACCACUCCAAAUCCUUGGAGUCAUUGUCAUGCUGGAUAACUGAAGUGAGCUUAAGCUUACAAAUGGAUAAGACAUUCCCAAUCAGGGCUUUCUGGUAGAGAGCAGAAUUAAUCUAUGAAUUACGACAGCCUUUCCAACUUCUGAACAACAAAUCAACUGCAGGCCAUCAAACUUGUACUGCAGUGUUUGAACAGCAUGUUCUCUUUGGAAAUGCUGAUAAUUUUAACCCUGAUACAACAGAACACUUGAAGAAAGUUCGGCUUUUCCUUUCAGUUUACAGAAUAUUUUUGCCAAAUGUCUUUGAGGUCAUGAAGAUGGGUUUUUUUUAGCUAAUGUGCUGAUGUUGAUAUAGCUUAUUUUGUGACCUCCUGAAUGAUUUGUCAAUGUACUCCUGGAGUAAUUUUGGUAAGUUCUGAAACAUUUUAAGUCAUCACCUGUUCUACUGGUCUGACAUUUGGGUGUGAACAAAAUGAGCUUAAUUUUUUCCCCAAUAUGUUGUGAUCCUUAUUGCAAUAAAGAUAUGUGAUCAGGAUUUAAAAAGUCAUUGUAUUAUUUUAUUGGCAAUUACUGAUGAGUUUCAUCACAGCAUAUAAGAUAUUAAAACACUAUUAUCCAAUAUGUGCCUGUAGUUCACCAUGUUGACUAGUGAAGAUUUAGUGUUAAAUAUAAAGUGCACAUUAAUUGCAUUUUUUCAUAUUUUCAAAUAGUUAUUUACUGAUGCUCUGAUGGAACUAACAGAUAAAAAUAUAACCGCAAACCUGACCAUAAUGUUUGCUAUCAUGGUGGGUUCUUAUAAUAAUGAAAAAUUUCCCGAUAAUGAUUCAGUUAUGGCAAUAGCGGUUGAGCUAUUUGUAGUAAUCUGAGCUGGAUGUAGCUAAGAAAUUUGAAUUCAGUUUUCUAAAAAAUGUGGUUAAUCACGACUUUAAAAGGGGUGCUAUUAAUUUUCCACAUAGGGCCAGGUUAGUUUGGAUAGUCAUCUUUUAAAAAUAUUUUUUCUGUUCACUUUGGUGAUAGAAUAAAAUGUGUUUAAUAAUCUGAAACAUAUCUGCUGCAUUUUUGCAACAAUUACUUGAUCGGGCAAUACUUUCUGACACCACUGUUUGAAUCGAUGCACAUAGAACGUUCACAUUCAAUAUUGAGUGUCACAUCAGUUUGUUGCUCACCUGUUGACCUUUUAUAUGGCUGAGUUCAGGUUGGAGACCAUUUGACAAAACUGCUGGAAGUUGCUACUAAAAUGUGCAUUACAAUUGAUGUUCUUUAAAAGAUAAAUUGUCUGCUUUGUCAGUGAGACCUUAGAUGAAAAUAGGUGCAAUUACUGCAAGAAGUCAUUAUCUUUGCCUUUUAGGUCAUUUACUGUGGCUGUUUUAUUUCCCACCCUUAAUGUUUCCUGGUGUCUUAAUUUUAUUCCAGGGCUAUUGCACAGAAAUAUGUAUAAUCAGAACUGCUAGUUUUCCACUUGACCUGUCAUAAAAAUCGGAAGGGUAAGUCAAGAAAUAUGCUCCUUAAAAAUUGAGAUGAGGGCUCUGUGUCAAACUUUGUCAAUGUGGUGUUCAUCGUUUCCGUAUGAAUUUAAAAAGAGUGAACCUCUCAUUUCUGUUCUUGAACAAUAUAUAUUUGAU